AUGGCGCCUCAGGCCAAACCUGUCUCAGUGUCCUUCUGGCUCAUGUGUCUCUGCUCUGUUGCCUGUGCUGAUGCUCUCCUUACUACAGGGGUUCACCGCCUCUCCUAUCUCCAGCUCAUCUCCCCACAGGCGGCCCCUGGGCUGCCCAGGCGGCUGAGUGUGGAGAGGAUGAAUGACCUGGUGCUCUCAGUCUAUGACAGCAACACCGGCAAACUGGCUCCUCGCCAUGGCUACACCCCAGGGGACAAGAACAACCACCAGUUCUGGAGCGUCCGCAGUGCUCGGUGCCCAGUCUGGGACUCCUGGGUGGAGACUGAGUACCAGGCCCUGGUGCGUGAAAUGAACACCAGCUCCCCCAAAACAGAGCCCUACUACAUGCAGGUCCUGAAGACCUGUGAACUGGACGAUGCCACCGGUGCUGCCCAAGCCAUCACCAGAUAUUCCCUCAAUGGGGAGGACAUGCUGCGGUACCAGUCCGACCAGAACCGCUGGUUCUCGGUGCACCCAGCAGCCUGGCGAGUGGCGGAGCGCUGGAACCGCGAAGGGGAGACUUUUGGAGUGAUGAAACUGUUCACACCCCAGCGAUGCAAGUUCUGGAUUGAAAGCUCUGCGCCAUUCACUGCUCAGAAGACAGCCCAACCCACAGCGCGUGUGGCCCUUGUCCCAGGGACUCAGGACCGGCCGUGCCGCCUCAUCUGCCACGUGACAGGGUUCUAUCCCCGCGACAUCGAGGUGACCUGGGAGCGGGGGGGCCAGGUGGCCCAGGGGGAGCAGCUGACCAGCGGGAUCCGGCCAAAUGGGGACCCCACCUUCCAGAUCCAGGUCUCCAUCGAGCUGGGGCAGGAGGGGGUCAGCCCCACUGAGCAUGUGUGUGUGGUGAGACAUAUCACCCUGGGGGGUGACCCCCUGAGGGUGACCUGGGAUUCCCAGGCCAUGGGCCAAGCUCGUGUCUCAUUGAUUGUUACUGGCUGCAUCCUCACUGUGCUGGGCAUCGGGGCCCUGGGCUGGUACCUGAGAAGGAGGCCAGGGGCCCGUAAGGGGCCAUAUCACCCGGCGCAGACACAGCCAUGGACCAUUGACUCUGCUCAAGCCACGGCUAAGCCAGCAGGAGGCACCUUUUCCAUGACAUUUUCUCUCCUGGAUGCCACCAAGUGA